AUGGCUUCCAUUAUUUCUGUCCUGGUAGGUAUGUCCGCCAUCUUUGGUACAGCUGAGGCCAUCAAGGAAACGCGCUCCAAGGCUCGCCGGAGUGAGCACCGCAGUCGGAAAUGUAAUCUGAUCUUGCACUGCCCGAAGUCUUCACAGUAUAGCCCUCUGCUCGAGAACCGGCGAGUCGUACUCUCUGGUGAUAAGCUCUACAUCGACACCAACACUUGUAUUGACACCCCUUUCGGCCAUCCUUUCGCUGGCUAUUAUCACCCCUACCCAGACACGCCCUACUCGGGCCUAAUCUCCAGUAUCUCAGAUGAUCCCCCUGUAAUGAAUUGGAUCUACGUGGACCGUGAUACGUACGAGCUGAAAUUUGGCGCACGGCCAUACGCGGAACACAACUUCAAAGGGCCUUGGGAUUGUACGCGACAGGAACGGAGACUUACGUUCGGGGGCUGGGAAGGAUUUUGCGUGGUAUUGGAGGAAAGUGGGUUUUGGGGGUUGUAUUUUGAUAUUGAUCAGAAUGCACUGAGUGAGAAGGCGGCUGGGAGAGUGGUAAUUGAGGUUGAGUUGAUACGGGGGGAGAUCAGGGGUGCGCCUAGAGUUAAGAAGGAUGAUGUGGGAGUGGGAAAGGCCGAGCCGGGAGAAGCUGGAAAAGAAGAAAUUGGAAAAGAAGAGAUUGGAAAAGAAGAGGUAGGAAAAGAAGAAGUUGGAAAAGAAGAAGUUGAAAAGGAAGAAGUUGAAAAGUUAGGAGUCAGAAACGGAGAGGGGGAGGUGGAUAAAGUUGAAAUUGAUCAAGAAACUCCAAGGAGGAUCAAGGUCGAUGCAGAGGCUUCUGGGAAUGUAGAAUGUAAGAUGGGAGAAGAUGGGACAGUAGAGGUUGAGAAAGUGAAGUCUGUUGAGUAA